CUCCUUGCGACUUUCCUUCCUUUUGCUUGCGUGUGCUUUCAUUUCUUUCCUUCUUUUUUGUUCCUAUCAGAGAGAAGAAGAGUGUCAAGAGGAGGAAAGAUUAGAAAUAGACAGGAGAGGGAAGAGAGAAAAAGAAAGAGGCGAUUCGGAGAAUGUUUAGCCAGCAAGUCGCUCGCGGUGGGCGGCGCAUCGGCCAGAUGGCUCGAGGCGGGCAGCAGCCGUUGCUCGCCGCGCUGAGACGAGCCGGCCAACGACGAUGCUAUGCUGAUGCCGCACAAGCCCCCUCCAAGAGCCGAAUCGGACGAGCCCUCGGCCUGCUCGUCUACGGCGCGGCAUUCAGCGGCCUCGGCGCCGCCGCGACCUUUUACGCCAUGGUCCGCCAGGGCUUCGCCUCCUUCACCGACGCCGAGUCGGCCAAGCUCUUCGUCCCCGAGACGGAAGACCUGCAGCGCAUCGAAGACACCAUCAACAACCACCCGCUGGUGCAGGAGCUCCGGUCGCGGCCCGAGUUCAAGGAGUCGCGGCCGCACCUCAAGAUGUCCGAGGAGAUACGGCGGCGCAGCCUGACGGCCGGCGUGCUGCAGGGCGAGGGCAAGGUGGUGGUGCCGCCGCUGGCGUUCAUCGAGGACGGCGGCAAGUCCAUUGUCAGCAUCACGUACGUGGGCGACAAGCUGUGCGGGCACCCGGGGCUCGUGCACGGCGGGAUGCUGGCGACGAUGCUGGACGAGGGGCUGGCGAGGGGCUGCUUCGACGCGCUGCCGCACAAGAUUGCCGUGACGGCCAACCUCGAGAUCAACUAUCGCAAGCCGACGCAGGCCAACAGCUUCCUCGUGCUGCGAGGCAAGACGGUGAAAGUCGAGGGGCGCAAGGCGUGGGCCGAGGGUCACAUUGAGACGCUGCCGGCGCCGGGGGAGAAGCCGGUUGUGCUGGUCGAGGCCAAGGGGCUGUUUAUCUCGCCCAAGUAUGCGGCGGUUUGCAAUUGA